CUCUUCGAAUUCUCCAGAGGCAGCAGCCAGCUCCAGACACCAUGGCACCGAAGAAAGCCAAGAAGAGGGUAGAGGGCGGCAGCUCCAAUGUCUUCUCCAUGUUUGAGCAGACCCAGAUCCAGGAGUUCAAGGAGGCCUUCACAAUCAUGGACCAGAACAGGGAUGGCUUUAUUGACAAGAAUGACCUGAGGGACACAUUUGCUGCGCUAGGACGUGUGAAUGUGAAAAAUGAAGAGAUUGAUGAAAUGAUCAAGGAGGCUCCAGGUCCAAUUAACUUCACUGUGUUCCUCACAAUGUUUGGGGAGAAACUUAAAGGGGCUGACCCUGAGGAGACCAUUCUCAACGCAUUCAAGGUGUUUGACCCUGAAGGCAAAGGGUCGCUGAAGGCUGACUAUGUCCGGGAGAUGCUGACCACACAAGCAGAGAGAUUCUCCAAAGAAGAGAUCGACCAGAUGUUCGCAGCCUUUCCCCCAGAUGUCACGGGCAAUCUAGAUUACAAGAACUUAGUCCACAUCAUCACCCACGGGGAAGAGAAGGACUGAGUGAGCCCUGAGCCACAGCUUCAGGAUGCUCCGGGUGCCCUCGUGGGAGGCUUGCUGCUGGGACCGAAGGUUGAUGAUGUCAUCCUGCGCAGGACAGAAGGGGACCCGUGAGGAAAAGACGGCAGCUGCUCUUCCCACCGCAUCGAACCCUACUGCAGUGUUGGGUAAACCCGUCACAGAGCCUCCCCCUGCCCCCUCCUUCUCCCCAGGAGAAUCAUCUACAACUAUCUAGAGCAGUGGUCCUCAACCUUCCUAAUGCUGGGACCCUUUAAUACAGUUCCUCAUGUUGUGGUGACCCCCAACUGUGAAAUGAUUUUCAUGGCUACUUC